CCGCCCCCCGCUGCAGAUCCCGCGAACAUGGUGGUGCUGAAGGGCGUCCCGGCGCUGCUGUCCCCUGAGCUGCUCUACGCCCUGGCGCGGAUGGGGCACGGAGACGAGAUCGUUCUUGCAGACGUGAACUUCCCCACCUCCUCCAUAUGCAAGUGUGGCCCGGAGGAGAUCCGCGCUGACGGCCUGGGCAUCCCACAGCUCCUGGAGGCCGUGCUGAAGCUGCUGCCCCUGGACACCUAUGUAGAGAGCCCGGCUGCUGUCAUGGACCUGGUGCCCAGCGACAGGACGAAGGGCCUUCAGACUCCGGUGUGGAGGAGCUACGAGUCCAUCCUGUCCGGGGCCGGCUGUGCGAACACCCUGGCGAAGAUAGAGAGGUUUGAGUUUUAUGAGCGGGCCAAAAGGUCUUUUGCUGUUGUAGCAACUGGGGAGACGGCCCUCUAUGGAAACCUCAUCCUCACGAAGGGGGUGCUGGUCCCCGAUGCCCUGUUCUACGCCUGGUGAAGACCGCCGGGCCCCGGGAGGAAUCUGGAUCCCUGAGCCACACAGCAGAGGAGCUGGCCCCGCUCAGCAGCACCCAGACUACACCCAGCUGGGAGCCCCGGGGGCCAGGCCGGUCCUGGAAGGGGGCCCUGGGACUGGGAUGCACCCAAUUUAUGAAAAUGUGGGAAUGUGUAGUGGCUUGUCAGCGUUCUGCCCAGAGGCUUCAACGACAGCCCCAUCCUCAUAAAGGCUUGUUUGGUUCCAAGCACAA